AAGACAAGCAGGAAGAAGACAAAACAGGAAGAUGACAAGCAGGAAGAAGACAAGCAGGAAGAAGACAAGCAGGAAGAAGACAAGCAGGAAGAAGACAAACAGGAAGAAGACAAGCAGGAAGAUGACAAGCAGGAAGAAAAGACAAGCAGGAAGAGAAGCAGGAAGAAGACAAGCCAGGAAGAUGACAAGCAGGAAGGAAACAAACAGGAAGAAGACAA